AUGAGUAAUAAUCCAGCAACGCCUCCAAGGUCUAGAUGGUCAAAUAUGGAACCUACAGAAGAUUUGCCAAAGAAACAGUUGUUGUUUCCGGCUACACCAAACAAAGGCAAUGAACUGGGAGGACCAAUGACCCCCUCCACAGUGCAUAAGAACGGUUCGUUGAACGUUCGUAAUCAGUUGUCCUCCCAACCUCAGGCAAAUGGUAUGGGUAAUGCUAACAAAUUGGUGUUUAAGAAUGGACCUUUUUUGCAACCACCUCAAGAGAACGCAAAGACCGCUAUUAAUUCACCAUUUAAUGGGUUGAAGUCACCAGAAUAUACUCCUAUGAGACGAUUAUCGAUUACGGGGAAGAAAGGAACUUUAAAUAGUGUGAGUCGAGUAUUAUUCCCAACAGAUCAUCAAUCCCUUCAAGAUAAUACUAGUGCUAAUAAUUCAGAUGAACCAGCUAGAAAGAAAUUAAAUGUUCCUGGAAUUUUAUUACCUCCAAGUACUCCAAAACAACAACCUACAAGUAUAACAGAUAGUGAGACAUUCAAUACUCCAAAUGAAAAGAUAACGAAUUUUGAAUUGUCAAAGGAAUGGUAUAAUAAAGACUACGCAGAGACUGCUAACGAUUCUGAUAUCGAAGAUAAUGCUGAGUCUCAGUUUAUAUCGAAGGAGACAAUGGAAAACCCUUUCAUGUCAAGCGGAGUCCCAUCAAAGGAGACUCGUGUAUUAAGAAAAAUGCAAUUGAUGGAAGAAGAACCGGAUUUGGAUAAAUAUAUCACAUACGUAAACAAGAGAGGUGAAAAAGUUAAACAACGUAGACUCUCUAGAAACUCCCAGAAAUUGAAACCAAAGAUGUUGUUCGAAGAUCAAUUAUACUCCGAAGAUAGAAGCGAUAUCGAUUUAGAUUUAUGA